CAUUAAUUGAUCCUGAAUCGUGAGCUAUCGUACAGGGGAAGUGUGGCUUGCAUAGACAGACAGGCAGGCAGGCUUGGCACACUAGCUGGAAGGGUACUGAAGCGUAGUAGGAUUCAGCAUGGCAAGAUACAUGUAUUAAUCAUCGCCAGUGUUUAUGGGUAGACUUGAGGCAGUGUUCUCCGUUGCCUGGAUGGAUGAUUGCCUUCAGAUGCGGAUCAGGAUGCUGGAGUUUACCUUGGAGUGAUGAUUUUUGGAGUGGCAUAACUUUUGGUUGAGUUUUGGAUAUGUGACUUAAUGUGGAAAGUUGAAUUGAUUCAAUUUGAGUUCUGGAUACCUCAUGUGUAUAGGGACUGUGAAAAGUUGAAUUAAUUCAGUUUGUUGAGAACUGAGUUUAGGAUAUUGACCUGUAUCAUGACUGUGUACAGUUGAAUUAAUUCAGUUUGUCCGUGAACCGAGUUUGGGAUACCUGAUUUUUGCAGUGACUGUGAACAGUUGUGUUAAUUCAGUUUGUCUGUGAACCGAGUUUGGGAUACCUGAUUUUUACAGUGACUGUGAACAGUUGUAUUAAUUCAGUUUGGCUGUGAACCGAGUUUGGGAUACUGAACGAUAGAAUAACUGUGAAGUUGAACUGAUUCAGGAAGAUAUUGGGAUUUGAAGUGUGUAUUACUGGAAACGUGGGUCGCUGUGUUGUGAAUGGAUGCAAGCAGGUAGCAGAUAGUGGAGUGCUUUGGACAGCAGACCAAUGGGGGGCAAGCUGUCACGCUUGGCGGACAUCGUCAACAAGAGGAGGAAGUCAGACUCCACUACAGAAACCGGACAUGAUCCCGCCGUACUAGGUGCUAAGAUAGAAGACCGCUACUACAACAACGACUCUUUCAAGAACCCUUCAGUGGACCCUGCAGACCCCCAGCAGCAGGAUGCAGCCCUCACCAUCCAGACCAACUAUCGCCAGCAUGCCGCCAAGGAGGAGGUGCAGGGCAUGCGGGAAGAGGAGGCCGCCACUGUCAUCCAGUCUGGUGUCCGUGGUUACAUCGACAGGCAGAAGGUUCUGGAGACCAAAGACCCUGAGGCGUUUGAGAAGCGUCAACAGGAGCUAAAGGAACGUCUGGCCGCCGAGGAGAAGAAGGCUGAGGAGGAGGAGGAGGUGGAUAUCGACCUCAAUGACCCCGACGUGGAGAAGGCUGCCAUCAAGAUCCAGGCUGGCUUCAAGGGCUUCAAGGCCAGGAAGGAAGUUCAAGAGGUCAAGUCAAAGGAUUCAGAACAGCCUCAAGAGAAAACAGAGGAAGACGAAAUAGCAGACAUCGAUCUCAAGGAUCCUGAACUUGCAUCAGCAGCUACGAAAAUACAAGCGAGUUUCAGAGGUCACAAGGCAAGGAAGGAUGUCACAGAGAAGAAGGCUCACAGAGACCAAGACAGAGAGACUGAGGCAGGAUAUGUUGAUGAUGAGAUUGUGGAUGUAGAUUUAAAUGACCCAGAUGUCAGUAAAGCUGCCGUCAAGAUUCAGGCAGGCUUCAGAGGGCAUUUAGCCCGUAAAAAUAUGCAAAAUUACAAGGUUGAGGAUGAGGCAGCUCCAGAGACAGCCAAUAAGCCAGUAGAUGAGGAAAUUGUGGAUAUAGAUUUAGCUGACCCCGAAGUCAGUAAAGCGGCGCUCAUGAUUCAGGCUGGGUUCCGGGGACGUAUGUUCCGGAAAAAUAAGAAACCGGAAAAGGUUGAGGAGAAGGACCCUGAGCCUCAGACAGUUGUCCCGGAGGUCGAGGCUGAAACAGUAGUCCCGGAAGCUGGGGCUGAGGCUGUAGAGGAUGAAGAUGUUGUGGAUAUAGAUUUAGAGGACCCUGAAGUCGGCAAAGCCGCUCUCAAGAUUCAGGCAGGGUUCCGAGGUCACAUGUCCCGCAAAACUAUGCAAACCCAACAGACGGAGGAUGCUCCUGCUCCACCUCCUGCAGAGGAGACACAGGAAGAGGAAAUAGAUAUAGAUCUCAAUGACCCCGAGGUAGAGAAAGCGGCCACCAAAAUCCAGGCCUCUUUCAAAGGCCAUAAGGCCCGUAAGGAGGUGAAGGCCCUGAAGGGUUCUGAGGAAGAUGCUCCACCAGCAGCGGCUGAGACCAAGGCAGAGGAAGAGGAAAUUGAUAUUGAUCUGGAGGAUCCCCAGACCGAGAAAGCUGCCAUAAUGAUUCAGGCACAGUUCCGAGGAUUCAAGACUCGCAAGGACAUCGACACUAGCAAAUCAGAAACGUCUACAGAGGCUGCCCCAGCUGAAGCUAAACAGGAGGAGGAGGAGGUUGACAUCGAUCUCACUGAUCCCGAGGUCGAGAAGGCAGCUGUGAAGAUCCAGUCAGGCUUCAAAGGAUACAAGGCUCGCAAGGACAUAAAGACCUCAGAAGGAGAAACAUCACCUACCAAAUCUGAGAACGAAGAACCAAAGGAAGAGGCCAAGACUGAGGAGGAGGAAGAGGUGGACAUAGAUCUGAAUGAUCCUGAAGUAGAGAAGGCAGCCCUGAAGAUUCAGGCUGGAUUCAAGGGAUUCAAAGCCAGGAAGGAUGUGGGUGAUGUCAAGAAGGAGGAGAAGAAAGAGGACGAGCAAUAAAGUCUCGGGAUCACGUUUCCUGUAAUAAGAACAUGUAGAAGACAUUAGCAUUAUGUGUCAAUUUGUGCCAACAAUAUAUGUUAUGAAGAUUCACCAUUCUGGGCAUGAUUGAGUUGAGUUAACCCUAUAGGUUGUUCACCUGACUUUUUGUAUGGAGGGUUCACUAAUCCAUAUGGAAGGUUGUUGUAUAAUGGGUUACUGGAAUGUUUUGGGUUUUUUUUGGUUUUUCUUCGAAGUUUAUGGGUAUGCAGGUUGAUAAGCAAUAAUUAAGUUAAUAUUUUGGAAUGUCUUUUUGGGGGUACAAUUAAAUGAGAAAGUAUUCAAAUGGUUGAUGUUUGGCAGUGGGAUCAAGUUUUAUUGAAGCAUAGAAGUUCAUUCGAUCAUGCAUUUGGAGAGGUUAUUCAUAAAGAAAUUACAAAAAAGGUGAAUUUUGGUCGUUUUUUAUGUAUUUGACAGGUCUUAAUUUUGUUGUUCCUGAUUCAGUAAGAAUUAAAUGUUCUUUCUUACCAUACUGGGUUACAACUGUUAUCAGCCCGAUUCCAUAAUGCUACCAAAUAGUAUGUGAUGAAACUGUGAUACAGCGUUAAAGUUCAUAAUGUUCAUCCCAUCCUUCCCUUCCACUACCGCUGCAGCAAGACAAACACUAUAUCAGUGGGGAGAUAUACAAUGUAUCAUAUAUGGAUAUGUCAUUGUGUGAUAUAUGUUCAGCAUAUCUUGAUAUCUGUAUUGAGAUAUACAAUAUAUAUAUCAUGAUGUGUGACAGUCGAUAUACCAUAAAAUGAAAUAUACACUAUGUUAAGAUGUGAUAUACAGAUAUAUCUCACGUGAUGUGAUAUACAAUAUGUUCUAGGUUUAAUUGUUCUCAAAUUGUUUUGGGUGAUAAAAAUACUAUCCUUCAUAUAAGCUCUUUUCAGUAUAUCAGUGCAUCAUAAGAUAUUUGAUAUAUCAUGUAAUAAGUUAAUUCCCAGGCUUCCAGUUCAUAUAUGUAGGUUUUGUUUCAGACUUCAAACACUGUUGCCUAAUGUUGCACAAAAUAACCUCCACUCAGCAGAAACAUAGGGUGGGUUUGUUCACACCCCAUGAAAUGUCAGAUUUUACCAACAUGAAAGGGAUCAGAAAACUACUUUUACACCACAUAGAAAUGUGCUUUUACAGAUCGGAAUUCUUUUGGAAAAUAUUUGGAAAGGUUUAUGAAGAUUUUCAUAAUUUUCAGUUUGUCACGGGUGGAAAUAUUUUGGGGAGUAGUUGUAAAUAUUUCUUAUCAUUUUGUUUCUACCUCUAUAUAAGAUGUACUUAUAUCUGAAACUUGAUUGAGCUAUACACUCGUCUUGGACCUUUAACAGCUAUAAUUGGACAGGUGUUGUAUCACUGUAUAAUGGAAGCAUUAUUGAUACCAGUAAUUUAAAAAGUUUGCUUUCGACAUCCAAGUCCCAGAAUGUUUAAUGUCUUUUCAUAUAUGUCAUUGCUAUUGGAACUUGGGUGUUUGUGAUUAGCUGUUAGGGUAUUCAUUGUUUGGAAAUAAUAUUUGUUCUGUUAUCUCUGGGAAAGACAAACACAUGAUUUAGUCAGGAAAAGUGUAUGUCAUAUUCACUAGCAUGAGGGUAUUUUGAUGCUACACACAAUCAAGUGCACUUGCAAAUUUACAUAACUAUAUAACUUGUUGGAGUUGUUGUUGAAUUCUUUUUUAAAUUGUUAGUGUGAAUAAUAAAUGCAUCUUCAAUCAGAUUCAUGGCUUCAUCAAAGUUCUUUAGCAGCCAUGUGCAGUUUUCUUGACAAAUUUGAAUUAUUCCAAUUCAGCAAGUGGACUUCACUUAUCCGUUACUUUGAUGAAACUAUGAGUUUUAUGCAUUGUUAUCAAUUUUCCAGUCAUUCUCACAAACUGUAUAUGCACGUUAAUAUUUCUCCGAGAGAAAUCUUAUGAGUAUAACGUAUAUCACUGAACUAUGCACACAGUGUAAAUUCCAAAUCCUAAGCAAUUCUAGUUCUUCUUUUAUAGAUUGUUAUUUAUGGAUAUUUGCUAGAGAUUACAUGUAUUUUCAGAUAUCAUAUCAUUUUAGCCAUGUUGACAUAACUUUAUAUGCACAACUUUAUAUACACAAUUUUAUUUAUAGUUGUGUAUUUUGUAGCAAAUAUAGCUGUGGAAUAUCCCAUUUUCCUAAGUUUCAGUGAUUAUUCAUUUCUUCAUUUUUUGCAAUGUUUGUAAUCUUGGAAAUUUUGCAUACUAGUAUCUAUAAUCAACAAAUUCAAAAUACUCAAGUUUAAACCUGUUAAAUGAGUGAUCUUUUUCAUCUCUGAGUAAUACUAAUCUCUUUUUCCAUUAUUAGUUUUUCACAAUGUUAUGCCUAAUUUAUCUUUCUCAUCUUCCCGAGGCAAGAGAGUUAACAGACUUUAAAAGUCCAGUUUCCACCCUUGCCGAACUAGGCAAGAAUUACUGGGCUCGAUCGUAGAGCCACCAGUGGCUAUAACCAGUUAUGUCCUUUC